AUGUCGACAUCAUCACACUCAUCGCUAAAACAGCGACAGCUAAGUCAUUUGAAUUCCCAAUUGGCUCAGUUGCAGGCCAAUCUCUCGGACUUUAAUGAAUUGUUAUCCAUCACUGCGUCCCAAGUAAAGCAUAUUGAAAAAUUAGGUAUAAUGCAUGGAGCUUUGUUUAUGGCGAGCCAUGUUGUUUUUGAAAACGACGUGAGAACUGCAUCUAAUAAGAACGAGGAUACAGAGAGCUAG